AUGGAAGAUGGACAACAGUUGAAAGAGCUUGAGAAAGGUGUUACAGAGUUAAGGAAUACAAAAGCAGACUUGACAUGGAUAACUGAAUAUGUAGAUGCAACAAAAGAAUAUAUUUUCGCAUGGACAGAAGGAACAUAUCCACAAAACCAGCAUACGCACAACAUCUCUGACGUAAAUGAACUUCAAGAAAAGUUAGAUGACAAAGCUGACAAAGAAACUGUAGAUAUGUUGGCAGAAACGGUUUCAAGUCAUACCAGAGGUUUAAUGGAAGAUAGUGUCCAUUUGCAAAGACUUGACAUAGAUGUUUCAAAUAAAGCCGACAAAAAUCAUACACAUACAAGUUUUACAACUUUUACAGCAGAUGAUAUUACACUAAACACAACCUUGCCAAGUAAAGCUCCAAAAAUACCACCGGCAACAAGUCUUGUAGAUACUUUGAUAUCUAAUGACAAUAGUAUUAUGCAUCUAAGACAGGAACUCAAUGUGCUUAAACAAAUUUUGCCGAAUCUUAUUUACCCGGUUAGCUCAUUAUAUGUUUCAAUGAACUCUACAAAUCCAAAAGUAGUACUUGGUUUUGGAACUUGGACUCAAAUAGUUGACAGGUUUUUAUAUUGUUCAAACUCUUCAAAACAAACAGGUGGAAGCAAAACGAUUUCAGGUGAAAAUUUACCUGCACACAGUCAUUAUGUUAAUAUAAACACUGCUGAGUCUGGUUGGCAUAGUCAUAGAUAUUGGGAUUAG